AUGGGGUACGACGAGGAGCUUGGCGGGGCUGCGGAAACGGCGGGGACGCCAGGGUCGGGGUCGAUAUUAAUGUCUGGCGUGGAAUCCCCGACUGCGGCCAAGGCGAAGCUGAAAGAGCCGUCAGCGGCGGACCUAAUGAAGGCGCAGCUGAAGGCGGAAGCCAGCGCGGGGAAGGGCGCGGGCGCGCGGCGGCGGAGCUGCGGGUGGUGUGACGUUGCCGCGUGGACGGGCCUCGUGGUGUCGCUGGCGCUCGUGGGGUUCGGCCUGGCCAUUCUCAUCCUCGCCCUCACCUUCAACACUGAGGACCCAAAGUUCGAAAUCCUCAAGGUGGAUUUGAAGCAGCUGAACUUUGGAACUUCUGGGAACCUUCUGUUUGAUUUCAACAACUUUAAAGUCAAGGCGAACGGGAAGGCGGACGUCAAGGCGCUGGUGGUUAACCCUAACAACCACGAGGUGAUCGUUGAGGCGCUGAAUGUCAACCUCAAGCUCUUCAACGUCGACAUUGCCAACACUUCGAUCCCCGGAUUCGAGCUCUCAAAGAAGGGAAACAUCACAUUGAGCAUUCCAUUUCCCAUCAAGAAUCUUCCGGUCAUUGCUACUGGUAACAAGGACAACCUCAUUACUACAUCGCUCCGCAAGGGACAAGUGGAUGUCAAGGAGGAGAAAUACACUGACAUAACUGACGACCUCGAAGAGCCUUACAAGAAGCAAUACAUGGCGGACGCAGCUGGUUUUGACUCGUAUGAGAUGGAGCAGGCAAAGCUGCAGCAUCAUAAGCAGCAGAAGCGCAGUUGUUGCACGUGGCAAAACAUCGCCGUAACGUGCGGACUUCUCCUCUCCCUGCUUAUGACCGGCGUGGGAAUCGCCAUACUCGUUGUUGCGUGCACCUAUAAGCCCGAGCCUCCCGUGAUCCGGAUUGAGAAGGUAGAUAUUGUACGGCUAAAUUUCAACGGCACAGGCACCAACAGUGACCUAACUACAAGUCUCGGCGGGCUGGGAGCUACUAUCGGGGAUGCCCUCGGGAACCCGUUGGGGGGAGCGCUGGGGAAUCUCGGGAGCGAUCUCGGAAGCCUGCUGGCGGACCCAACCAAUUUCACCCUCAAUAUGAAUGCACUUAUUAACGUUACAGCGAAUGUGUUGAAUCCAAACAAAUACGAUAUUCAAGUGAAGUACUUGGACCUGUUCAUCUCGCUCUUCAACAUAAGCGUCUCCAAUGUCUCGUUGGGCGAGUUCAGGUCCCCCAGCAAUCAGAACAUCACCAUGACACUCCCCUUGAAAAUUGUCAACGUGCCGCUGGUGUCUCUUGGAAAAGAUAGUGUCAUUGGCAACUCCCUCAUGGCUCAGAAGCUCAAGAUGAAGGAGUUGCCGAAGGCAAAGCCCAGGUUUGGGCCUUCUCCUCACCAACCUACAAGGUCGGAGUAG